AGGGACUUCCUGUCCCACCCACAUUCUCGUGUCGCUUCCGGGUGGCCACACAAGAUUCAUCCAGCGAACCGUCGUUACCUUAGCGUAGUAAACAAAAGUUCCAAAACGGUUUAGCUCCCGCGACACUUUGAACUAAAAGACAUGCAUAUCAAAACAGGUACAUGGGAAGCCAGUAACACUGUGUGCGAGUCCGAUACCCUGUGUGAUCCAGCAGCCCUUGUUUCAGCCACCAACUCAGAGCCACAUAUUCGCAACCGUCGUCUGUCUCCUGGCUCAGGCAACUGUGGAGGCGGUGGGGGUGGAGGUUGCAUCUCUGGUGAGCAGCAGCCCCGACAGCUUUCACCCGAAGGCGACCUGAUUGCACCCAGCCACGCACACACCUUCAGCUUUCGCAGGGAAAAAGAACGCAAGGGCCAGCAGCACAAAGGCCGCAGCCUCCGCAGGGAGAGUCAGAAGGGGAUCAGCCGAGCAGGCGAGCGCCCCCAAAAGGUUAACCCAAAGGAGAGGUGGGUGGAGGACAGUCUGUCACUGCUCAAGCCCCCGCCUGCCUUCCCGGUGCAGGACAGUCCCGCCAAGCUGCAGCCCGCCGUCAGCUACGCCUCCAAGGUGAAGGCGGGGCCAGCAACGGGGACGCUGGAGGAGGACCGGCCCGCCAUCGGCGUGCUGCUACAGAACCAGUGGGGUCUCAGUUUCAUCAGUGAGGCGAGGCCGGUCACGGAGGGCUCUAGCACUCGCCCCGCUGCCAACGCCCUCCCCCCUCAGCCCACAGACACCGAACAGACAGCAGACCCACAGGUCGACACAGUUCUCACAGUCCAGCCCCCGGAAGAAACGCCUACUCCAGUCGCUACCUCCGUCAUCCCCACCGCACGCCCAGAGGCGGACGAGAGCAACGGGAAGCUGCUGCUAAGUUGUCGCCAUCUAGUGGAAGCUUUGAACUAUCACAGUAGAGAAUGGAAUGCCAUCUGCAACAAACAGAAAAAAGUUCCAAAAAAGGUUGUUUGGUACAAGGAGACCCAGGAUCACCCAGCCUAGCAGUGUGACAAGCCCAAAGCAUAUGUAAACACGUACACGACACACACCUACACGCACAUGAAAACAUGUAAAGACGGACACAUUUUUGAGUCCUGUUCACACACACACUGCACUCAGGAUGAUGUCUUCACGCAAAGCCACACUGAGACACUUUGGACUAACUCAAUGAGAUCUUACAGCAAUGGACUUUUUUAACGCCUUACAGAAAGCCUGCCUUAAUUAAUCAGACCUGUCUUCAUCGCCUCUCAUUACCAUUUUAGCUUGUAUGUGUAGAACUGGUCUUUUUUGUUUGUUUUAAACAAUCUGAGGAGCUGUAAUUUAAUUUCCCCCCUCCCCCCUUUUUGAAAGCUGCAGUUUUAUCAAACUUUUCGCGUCCUCUGUAAAGCGAGCGGUCAAUCAAGCACUUUGUUCUAGAAAAUCUGUUGUGACCAAUCCCUGUGUGCGAGAAACCCUCAUCAGAGUGAUUUAUUUCCCCCUUCUCCAUUGCAAACAGAAGAAUGUCUGUCUUGUACCUGCUUGAGUUUUUAUGGUUAAUGUAUGCAGAGGACUUGUGUAUCUGUGUCUUCAGUUUACAGAGGGGUGUAGUCAAAGGCACAGUAGAGUUCACCCGUCACAUCUUAAUGCUGUGUUCCCUUUUUUUUUUUUUUUUUUUUUAUUUGGUUCCCUAAUCGGGUGAAUGUUACUCAUGAAUCCAUAAGGGAUCUCACCAUGUUCGGUAUGUUGAUUUUGAAAAGAAAAUUUAUUGAAUAAAAAAAAAAAUUACACUGGAGAAAGAGGAGGAAUGUAAGUGAAACAGUAUUGCUUAAUAAAAAUGAAUAAACUUGA